GUUCUACGCGCGUUUCACUUUCGGUUACGGUGAGGAUGCAGCUAACAAGAUAUGUUAAGAUUUGUGAAACCGAGGAUGACCAACCAAUCGAAGUGCCUCUGGAAGACGAUGACACUCUUUUACUAUCAACAUUAACCGCUCAGUUUCCAGACUGCACGGGACUUAAGUACAGGUCUGGCGACUCAGGAUGCUAUCGUGGUGUUCGUCUUUUGGAUGACCGUUUAUUUCCUCCCGCUGAUGGACAAUGGCAUGAAAACACUUUUUGUUGUGUCUUUCCAAAAUGUUCUAAGAGAAAAGCAGAUGAAGAUUCGUUAGAUUCCAAAAUGAAGCAAAAACGUUUUGAUAAAAAAACAUGUACGGACUUAAUAGUGUUAAACUUGCCUUGGCGGGCCGAUGAAGAGACUUUACGUGACUACUUUAGCCAGUAUGGUGACCUUGUGAUGAUCCAGAUCAAGCGAGACCCCGUAACCCAACAAAGCAAAGGAUAUGGGUUUAUCCGCUUCGCUGAUUAUACAGCACAAGUUAUGUGUUUAGCUGAACGACAUACCAUUGAAAAUCGACAGUGCGAUGUUCGCAUUCCUAUAUCAAAGAUGGAGGGUGACCGUCAAGAAGUUUCCCGAAAAGUUCACAUUGGAAGAUUAACAGAAGAUAUUAGUCCCGAAACUCUGCGCCAGCAUUUCUCCCAAUAUGGAAGAGUAUCUGAUGUCUUCAUACCCAAACCCUUUCGAUCGUUCGCCUUCAUUACGUUCGAUGAUCCUGAGGUUGCAGCUUCUUUGUUAGGCAAGGACCAAGAGAUUCAAGGUAUUCGUAUAAGCGUUGGUUCUGCAGUCCCCAAACUCCCUCCUUCUGCCCGUCAAAGUAACACUAAUAAUCAACGAAUUCCAGUUACCUCGAUGCAAGCUGCUCUUCAGUCAACAAUGAUGGGAACUCAACAAUGGGGUGCUUGGCCACCAGCUUAUGGAGGUAUGGUUCAGAAUAACCGAUAUGGAGGGCAACAUUCUUCCGGUAAAGGUGGAAGUCGAAACGGAUCAAUGGGGGGAAUGAAUCCAGCCGCUGCAGCAGCUGCUGCUGUUUUAGCAGCAGAAUAUACUCGUGUCCAUCAUACUCGAAACUCAGGUACCCCAUCAAAUGGGCAACCAGAAUACAAUGGAGUAUCUGUGGAUUCUUCAAAUUCUGCUGCACUUGCUACGAUGAAUAUCUUAAGUAAUCCGAAUGUAGUAGCCGCCAUUGUUAGCGCUGCCACUGGAGCUGGCAAUACUUCUAUGCUUGGCAAUUCUGGUGUAAGUUUGUUUGCAGAUCAUUCUAACAAAUUGACAACACACCAACCUAGAUAUACUUUCGCCAAUAUUGGACUGCAUAAUUCUCAUGCAAGUACAUUUCACAUUGUUAAAAUUUUACUUAGGCGAUAAUAUCUUUUUUCUGUUUUAAUCAGAGAUGUGACUCAGUUACCAAGUAGAAUUUUAGGUAAUUAGCUUUAAACUACACUUUGUAUGUGUGUACUGAUGAUACUAAACCAAAGUCUUAAGCUGAAACCUGUUGUUCGAAAGCUGAGUACCAAAACCGUAAGUCAUUACUCAGCUACCAUUUGAGAAAAUCGUUUUUGGCCAUAGACCUACGCUUUUGAAAAUCAUUCAUUCAUAAAACAGAUUUUACCAUCCGUAUUCGUUUGUUCAUCAUACAGUAGGUGUAAUGAAGUUUCCUCAUUCUUUUCUGUUUUCAGCAAAUGAAUACUCUACUUAAAUUUGACAUAAUAAUCAUUACUGAUUGUAACACAGAUUGUCGUAUAAGUAGGUGAAAAUUAAGUACGCAGAUUUUUGUAAAAUAAAUAAAAUACCAGAACAUUCACGUUACUGAAGUUUUUUAAUCCUAAGUACUCUAGUGCUCAUAGACGGGGACAUUUGUGUUGAUAGUAUCUGAAAAGAAAAAAUAUCAACAGAUUAAACCUGAGUGUGCAGAAAAAUCUAAUUAGAAUUCAGAUUUUGCUAAUCGUUAAAUUGUAACAUUAGUUUUUUCGAAAGUUUGUUUUUACUUCACACCCUCCAAUUAUCACAUUUAAUCCAUAUCUUUCCUUAAUAUAAAGGCUUCGCUUUCUGUGGUCUCAUCAUUUUGCCACCGUAUAUAUUUCCAAAUAUUAAAAUCCAUAUUAAAUUAUGUUGAUUUCUCAUUUUCACUUUUCUGUAAUGCUGAUAUGAUACUGUUUAAGUAUUUAAACCCAAGUAGAUGAAUUCUAACCCCACUGACCCGAAAUUAAGAAUAAAGCGCUUUAGUUACUCAGUUGAUGUCUUUUUUUUUGAGGAAAGUUUGCAAAUUUACUCAACCUAAAAUUUCCUCUUAAUAUUAAUUCCUACAAACUGCAAAAACAUUUAUUAACCAAGUAUCGAGUCAGUCCUUCUUGUAUUGCCGUACAUCAAACUGUGUAACUCAUUAUAAUGGUUUUAAUUUUAAUGGACCUCAUAUUUAUAGUUAGCUAUUCACGUGGUUCCUAAUUAGUACACUUUUAUUUAGUUUACUCCUUAUCAUUUCGAAAUGUAAUGAAGAGCGAUUCUGAAACGUCUUGAAUUUUUCAAGGGUUUGCCGGCCCAUCGCUUUUAUUGUAAAAUACUCGUUUGAUCUCCUAGCAGGGAAUAGUGUACAUUGAUGUAAUCAUAUUUUAUGCUAAAUCUCACUAAUCAGGAAAGUAGCAGCAUCGAUAAGUACAUUGUAAAAAGAAUAAACUUAUAACUGUUUUGUAACGUUGGGUUUUGCUUAUCUACUAGACAUUAAGUAGCUAACCAUAUAAUAAACUGACACAAAUGUCUAGCAACCAUCUAGGGACCAGACCGAGAAGGGGCAUCGGCCUCGUGACUUCCAAAGAAUUUCGGCUUUCAUCAUUUUUUUCAACUCACAGGACAGAAUUUAAUUUGUUCUGGUUGGCGUUUUUUAGAAGGGUUGUUUCCUACAGGAUAGGGAUGCUGACCCCACACAUAUAUUUGGUACCACCUUGUACCAAUAUUUAUGCGUUCAAAUAAGUAAAUGUCCCCCCUCAUAAUUCGCCGUCCUGCUCUACCCAGACUCGAGACCGUCAGUAGUCUUAUAACAGCUACAGGCAGAGUUGUGCAGACUUAUGUUCGGAUCUUAAUCGAUCCUUCCCAAAAUCCGCGUUCUCAGAUCAUCACCAAAUGGAAUUUCAGUGUCUAGAAAUUUUAAGUUCUAUUUACUGCUAAAUCAAGUUGAUCCAGCAAAUAUUACUGAUAAAUCUUCCAAUGUUCCCUAGGCUCUUCUAGUAACCUCUAGGGUAGAUCGACACGUCAACUUGAACAUAAGACAAAAGUCAUGAAAUAUGGAAAGAACGCUUUACUCCAAGUUUAGUUUAUGUACAGAAAAUCUAGGGUAUCUAUAGAAUGUUAGAUAACUUUGAGCUGCUGGAAAGUUCUGGAACCCAUCUAAACACAUUACGAUUGGUAAUGCUUUUUAAAAAACCUCCACUGAUGCUGAUUGGAUAAUAUGUUUCUUUUCAUUGCCGCUCGCCUCUGAUUAUCAUGUAUGUUUUUUUAUUAAAUCGAGAGUUACAAAUUAUGUCUGAAAUAAAUCAUGAAUAAUCAUUAAGUGAAUGCUAUCACACUCAAUGAAGUAUCUAACUUUUACUUCAUGAGUAUUCCACAUUUAUUCUUUUCUGACAACCUGUAUUUCCUGUUUGGAUUUCUUUUUAGGCACUUUAACACGAUGAAUGGAUUCAAGGUAUUCAAUACUCAACUCCUGCAUUUCUUACUUCCUCCUUAAUUUUGGCUCCAUUGAGUCUUUGUUUUGUAUCACUUGCCCGAACUAAAUGGGUUAUGUCAAUUUGUUGGUAAAAGAAUUGGUUUUUCAUUAUUCAAGCAACUGUGUAUUUGUUUGGGUCAGUGUGUUGUAAAUUAGUGAUUCCUCCAGGGUAGAUGUACUUCUAUUGUACGACUGUUAGUAGUGAGUCAAAAGCUUGCGUGUUUCUUUGCAUAUUGGUGUCAGUCGUGCGAUGUUAUUCGUGUACUCUGUAUGAAAGUUAUGGUACAUAAUGCUGAGAUAUGAGUGAUCAGACUGUUUGACAUGUGAAUUCUGGUGCUGCCACGUUUCAGAAAGCUGUGCUGUGUAAUGAAAGCAUCAGAAAAUAUGUUGGUACAUUUUGGUGUUUCUAAAACAGGCUAUCAGAGUUCAGUCAAUAAGACGGAGGUAAUCCUGAAAACUUCCUGUGUAGGUAAUAGUAUUUUUGUAAAUACUGUCUAAGAGUAAUAUCUCUAACUUCCAACGAUAAUCAUUAAGGGUAACAAAUAGUGGGUUGCCAUAAAUCAAAAAGUUAUGGAGUAGAUACUUAGUGAUUGAAGAAGUAAGUUACGGUUACUGAUAAUGACUGCUAACUUUGUCAUUGAACUGACUGGAUUGCCUGGUCCCUUUUUAUGGUUGAUUAGUUGACGAAUGCAUUGGUUCAAGUCCUUACACUUUCGUUCGUCUGUUUAAAUUUUGAUUUUGUUCUGUUUGCUGCGUAUAUGAUUUGCAGAUAUAUUUGUGAAGUUGUUUCUGCUGCUUAGAUAGUUAAUGAAUGACUGUUUAUAACUCAAAUCCUAUAAGUCACUUUAGUUGACUACUUAAAUCUUGAUAAUUUGACACAGAAAUUCGUAUGGCUCCUGAUGCCCAGUGGCUGGUCGGAUGUUGAUUUAUCUAACGUUUAGUAAACACUUUAUAUUUAUAUCAAAAUCUUCCGAUUCGUUCAUUCUGUGAACACUCUAUACAUCAUAUUUCACUUACAUUUCUAUACUUAACAAAGUUGAUACUUCUAAUUACGUGAUUAUUUUCAAUUGUGCUUCCUUUCAAGCUUAGUUAACCAUAGUCAACUUUAAAAUUCAAAAUUUGACUUACUAUAAAUGCUCCUAAAAUUUGUUUUCCUCUUGUAAAUGGUCAGUUGUUACACACAUGUUUCGCUCAGUAUAUUGUUCUUGGAAACUUAGUAACUUGUGACGGUGGACAUAAAUUUCUACAUAAUGUUAUCCAGGUAUCAUAGUAAUUGUAGUACUUUCUUACCUGUUUUUAUACAAAUGUGCAAUAACCUCGGACUUGCUUCAACUGGUUAUUUCUUUUUAUGAUUUGUGAGUCAUUUAGAUUAUUCAGUAUUGUUUCACAUAUCUGUUCCACCAACUAUUAACAUACAAACCUAAUAUAUGAUAAUUGCACAAUAGACGAAUUUCUUCGCCGAUAAAUGCAAAUUUCUAGUCAGUCGCUUGAGAUCGAACAAAAUUGGUGGCUAUAUGUAUAGAGGUGCUAAGUUAGACAAGUAGCAUAGUGUUUUAAUCAACGUUCAUUGUUUGAGCGGUCAUUCGUUUUGUCGUUUCUUUUCUAGUGUGUAAUCAAGAGUCCUCAUUUCUCCGAUAUGUAAGGCUGAUUGUGUUUCCGUAACAUGCUUGUUCAUAAACAUAGACUCAUUGUGCUCACAUAUUUUUUCUAGAUUUCGAAGUAUUAUUAAUCUUUUUUUGGAGGGGGGUUAUUCGGGUUGUUGACUCGCAAGCAUACCAGUUCCGUCUCGAAAUAAUAAACUACUGUCCCAACGUUAAGAGCAAAUUUAACCGGUUAAAGCACUUUCGAAUUUGGAAGUGAGGAUUACUUCUUGAGAAUGAAUACUUGUCAAUUACUUCAUUUUUCUGAAACAAUAGCAGCAGUAUUUAUAGCCAUCAAGCUUACAUUCUGGAAAGUUUUAGUUCAUGUGUGUAAGGAAGCUGAAAUUUAGGUCCUAGUUGAGGGUUUCUUACAAAAUUACCUUGAUGCAAGCUGUGUAAAUCCACGCAUUAGUGCUGUUGUCUGUCACAUCGCUAUUUCUCUCAAUAUCGUCAGUCUUCCGUUGAAAAAAAUUUCCAACGAGUUGACUACACAGGAGUUAUUCCAAACAUGAACGCAAGCGAUUUAUGCUGGAGUUGAUAUUUCUUGGAUUCCAUUUGGCAGUUUUCAACAUGGAGGGCGGCGCUUCAUUUUGCUCUUAGUUAAAUGUAAAGACAUAAUCAAAUCUGUCCUUAGCAAUGUGGUUUCGCGGUGAGGGUUAAUUACAAAUAAGUGAUUAUUCAGUCAGAAUAGAAGGUCUCGUUCGGAACAUCAGUCUCACAAUCUAAUUCGCAUUACCAGUUGAAAUCGAUGGUUUGGAACGUGGUUAGCUUAACACAUCAAAUAUCGAUAUUUUCAAGCUACUCGAAAUACUUAGUGCAUUCGCGUUCAGCUUGCAGUUUGUUGUCCAAAUACUAAGUUCAGCCGAUGCUUAGUAAGUAGUCCCGGCGUAGAGUGUAUUUUUCGAAUCCAAGAUGACAUAAAGGCUGCUCUAUAUGACUGAUUGGCGAUUGCUCAAAAGUUCGGUCACUUCGAGUCCCAGGAAUCCUUGUGUUCUAUCAAAUGGAAUAAGAUUGUUGCUUAUAAUUUGUAAGCCAUCAAAGAUUAUAUGUAAUAACUUACUACGGCAUAAUAUAUGCUGAGUUGAACGAAGUAGUUAUGUUUCUUUGGUGAACUGUGAACAAUUGUAGAGCUUGCUAGUUAUCAGUAUGUAAUGGUUGCAUAAGCUUCAGAUGUAUCGGAAUGUUGACCAACAGGAGCUCGUUAUUAACAAUAAAAUAAGCUGUCUGAAUAGAGUUACACUGAACAAGAAAAUCAAUAUCUUUCCAGUUCUAAACGCCUCAAAUGUCAUAUUGGGUGUAACCAUUGGUCAUUAUCUCGGGAAUCGAGGAUUCAGCGUAUAUGGCUUUGUAGAUUCUGAACCUACCCAAACUUUAAAAGCACCAAAAUGAAAGAGGAGGUCAUGUGGCGAUGCGUAAAUUUACAAAAUAUUUGGUGCUGAAUUCAUUAAUUUUACACACCACCUGGAGGCGCUCGGCCACGUAUCCACAUUAGAUUACGAAUCUUAACGGCAUGUUACACAUACCUUGCAUCCACUAGUCCCUUUAAAUACGAUUCUUCUCAACUUUCUGGAGACCUAAAUGUAUUUUCGGACUCAUUUAUUAUUCAACUGGGUUAUCGCCUUGGGUUAAAGUGGUCCGCCAAGUUGAGACAAUUGUGAAGAUCCACACCUAACGCAAAGUGAAUGUUAGUACUUAUGAUAGACGCGACAAUCAAUGAAAAUGUCAUGCUCAUUGUGUCUAAUGUGUUCUUUGAAAGUGUUGGACGCCAUGUUCCUGAUUGUCAUGAUAGUUUAAUGUUGUCCCGUCCACUUAUGUCAUUUAGAUUAAGUAGGUCUGAUGUUAUAGCAGGAAGGAUAAGUC